AUGCAAGCAAUACUCAGCGGAAGAAAUAGCAGACGAAAACAAACUGAAAUAAAUUAUCAGUUUAUCCUUGAAAAUGACUUCUCAGGGAAAGAUAGACACACAAUUCUUACUUUUUUCUGUACUCUUGAAUUAUCAUACGGAAGAAAAUUAAGACGAAAGCAAAUUGAAAGAAUUUAUCAUGUCUGUGGAAAAAUUUUUUUUGUUUCUACUUCGACUUGCUAUUACGGAAGAAAAUUAAGACGAAAACAAACUGAAGAAGAUUAUGAGAAUGUCUGUGAAAAUGGGUUCUCAUGCAAAGGACAGAAAUUUAACACAAAAACAAAACCAUCUAAUUUAUUUGACAUUCUUUCCUUCCUAAUACGUUUUUCUACAUUGUUUAAUUGUCGUACGGAAGAAACACAACAAAUUGAAAGAAGGAUGGAAAUAAAACAAUAUAAGAAAAAUGAAAAAUUAACACAUCGAUAA